AUGGCGCCUAAGAAGAAUAAGAUGUCCCUCGGUGACUUCCUUGCCGACGAAACCACUGGCACUUCCUGGGCUGAUGAACUGGAUGACCUUCCCUCUGCUCCUGCUCCUCGUGAUGCCCCUUCCGACUUUGGUGGCAUGCCUCCUUCCCGCCCGAUGGGCCAUUCUCGCUUUGACGGGCCGCCGCCGAUGAUGCGUGAGGAGCCUCCUCUGCCAACUGAGCCUCCUUUUACUGCUUUUGUCGUCAACCUUUCCUUCGAAAGUACCGAAGACGAUGUUCGUAUGUUCUUUGAGCCGCUCAACCCCGUGAGUGUUCGUCUUGUCAAUGGCCAUGACGGACGCCCACGCGGCUACGGUUAUGUUGAGUUCACCACGCUGGAUGAGCUUAAGGAUGCGCUUACCUACACCGGAAAGCCUAUGCACAACCGCAACGUACGUGUUAGCGUUGCUGAGCAGUCUUCGCGCCCAAUGCGUAGCGCAGCUGCUGAUGAUGCGACCCAAUGGCGUCGUUCGACUCCCCUGCCGUCGGACUCCCGUCGUGGCCCAUUCGAUGGCAGUGCGGGUAUCUCAGGCUUUGACAACAUGUCGAUCUCAUCUGAUGGCUCUCGUGCGGGCUUCGGUGGAAAAUUCACGCCUGCGCACGAUGGUCCUCGCCGUCGUGGCCCUCUUGAGCCCGCGGAGCCGAGCGCUAGUGACAUGGCAUCGGACUGGAGGACCGGUAAGCCUGUGACUGGCAGCAAGCCUUCGCGUUUCGGGUUCGGUGAUGGUGCUGCCCGGGGAGGCUACAACCGCCGUAUUGUGGACGAUGGUAUCGACAACUGGCGCUCGCGCAAGUCGGGCUCGGAAGACAGCGCUGCUGUACCUGAGCGUCGCAAGUUGGAUCUGAAGCCGCGUUCGGCUGUGCCAAGCGAGAGCACUCCGUCGCCGUCAGGUGGCUCCGCUCGUUCCAAUCCCUUCGGUACGGCUAAGCCUGUCGAUGUGAACGAGCGCCAGCGUGAGAUUGAUGAGAAGAUCCGUGAACAGGACCGCAUUCGUCGGGAGGAGCGUAAGAAAGAGGAAGAGCGCAAGAAGAACAAGGGCUUUUUCAAGCCCCGUGCCGGUGAUGCUUGGUCGACGAAGGCCGAUGCUACUGAAGAGACUUCUGAAGAAAAGACUGUUUCCUAA